AUGACUUCUAAACCAGCGUCGGCAGCAACGGACAUCAAGACCGCGGUGGACCUCUCCAAGCAGGCUGCCGACGAAGAAGCCAAGCGACAGUUCGCAAAUGCGUACCGGAUCUACCGCAAGACUGUGGAAGCCUACCUCAAUGCCACUUUUGCGGUGCGAACCAUGUGCUCUCCAUACAUUGACAGGGUGCUGCGACUGAAGGAUCACGCGCGAGACAUUGACCAAGAUGUGCUGUGCGCGGGCAUACCCGAAAUGAGUUGUCUACACCAGCUGUUUCUACUGGGCUUGCUUCUGCCCCCCUGGUGUCUCCCGGCAGUGACGGUGAGUGCCAGGAGAAGAAUCUGCUAUACGAACGACAUCGUAGGCAUCGACUCAGUGAAGAACAAGUUCGCCCAGAUUCUCAUGAAUCCAAAGGCAAGAGGAGCAUCCGUCAUACUACUCUACGGACCCCACGGCAGUGGCAAAAGCUUUAUAGUCAGGGCAAUUGCGUCCAAGUACCCGGACAAGUCGCUCUUCAUCGUCAACAUUGAAGCGUUGAUGGCUGCCACAAUUCAGCACGAGGGUAUGAAGCUAGCAAGCUCGAUUAUUAAGAAUUUUAGGAAGCACGAUUGUGCCAUUUUGGUGCUGGAGGACCUUGAUCGCCUCUAUUCACACAGGGUAGAAGGAAUAGGACGAGAGAUUGAUGCCAUGAGAAAAGAAAUAAUAUCCUACAUGCAGGAAGUGAAGGAAAAGAGAGAAUUUCGUGAGGUAAUAGUCGCCACUGCAAGAAAACCAUGGCGUUUGGAAAAAAGUAUGCUGGAGACCUUUCAGGCAAAGAUCUGGCUCCCUCCGCCGUCAUUUGAUGAGCGUGUGGCCAUCAUCACGCGCGAGUUGGGAAAAGUAAGGUGUCCUUCAUUCACGGAGAGUGAUAUUCACGAUCUCGCGUCGCGAACUGAACGCUACUCGUGCUGCCAAGUUAUGAGCACUCUGCGAUUGGCUUUGGCUCGCAAUUUCGACAAACUGGAGUACAUAAGGCUUAAGGAAGAUGCUGAAAGAGUCGACCACGUAACGAAGGACGACAUUCUGGUUGUUUCAGACAUUCUCCGUCCAGACAUGAGCGAAGAUGACUUGGCUAAGUAUCGCGAAUUCACGUCAGUCACCAGUUUGCAAGCGGGUGUCCCUUCAAGCACCGUGCUCCCAUCAGCUGUCAGAGCUGCUGAUAGCGGCCGCGGAAGCGCCGUUAUUGACAGCCGUGGUAGUGCUGCCUAA